GUCUCUCUAUCCUCGGAUUAGGAUCAGUUCAAAAAAAAAAUAAAAUAAAUAAAAUAAAAAUUGGAUUAGGAUGAAUUAGGAUCGUCCCAGUCUUUGUCCUGCCCCCACGAAAUCCAGAGCUUUGAUUCGUCGUCCCCCCUUCCUUCAUAUAAAACAUUCCCUUCUCUCGCUUCCCGCACUUAAAAAUCAAAUCAGAACAUCCUUUUUGAACUCAAAUUCCCGAGAUGAGCAUCCAGUACAUUUCAUAGCCAUGACCAAUCACAACGGUCGGAUCAUCGCCCACACGUUUCCUUUCACUGCACCUGCACCUCACAGUAAUGCAAUCAAUCGCGCCCACGCGCCACUACUCGCACUACUGUUCUUGGCGGCGGCGGCACCACCUUAUGCGGCCGCGCAGAUGAGUUUGCAUCCUCCAUCAUCUUCUAUUUCUCCUUACACCAACUUCGCUCCGUCAACGGGGAUCGUCACCGUGGUCCUCGUUUGCUUCUUGUUCUUCAUCUGCUUCUUCUCCAUGUACAUCCUCCACUGCAUCAACGACACCGCCACGGAAGCAAAUUCCGCCCGAUUGCGGCGGUUCCCGCGCGGCCUCGAUCCGAAAGCAAUCGAGUCUUUCCCCAUUUUUCACUACUCGGAGAUCAAAGACCACAAGAUCGGCAAAGGAGCGCUACAGUGCGCGGUGUGUAUAAACGAGUUCGAAGACGACGAGAUUCUCAGAUUGCUUCCCAAGUGUGAUCACGUGUUUCAUUCUGAGUGUAUUGACGCUUGGUUGGCUUCUCACAGCACCUGUCCCGUCUGUCGAGCGAACCUCGUGCCGCCUCCUCCUCCGGAGAAGGUAAAUCAAUCGAAUGAAUCGAUUGAUGAGCACAAUUUCAGAACUGAACUCAGUGAAGUAGUGCAAAACGAGAAUCAAAUUUCAAUUUCAAUUAAUGUUGAAGAAGAAGAAGAAGAAAAUCAAAACAGAGAUCCGGAAGCAAGUGAGUUUCCGAAGCAGAAUCGAGAGCGAGUGGCGAAGUUUCAGAGGUCGCACUCGACGGGUCACUCACUGGUUGGACUCGGAGAGAGCUCCGAGAGGUACACGCUGAGGUUGCCGGAAGAAGUGAGGAAGCAGAUCAUGAUGAGUGGGGGGCUGAAGAGGACCAGGAGUUGCAUCUUGUUUUUCCCGACGGAAGGGAGUAGUCGGGGCCGGUCCGAUCGGGUUGGGAGGUUGGACCGGUGGGUUUUUAGCCUGACGCCACCGUUUUUCUCGAAGAACAACCGUUCCAAGGUGGGGGUUGACGGAGACGUAACGGAGGUGGGGAGCUCUAAGAUUAUAUGUGACGCCUGUGAAGACGCAGUUUGACUGUCUUGCGGUGAAGGGUGACGGAGUUGAACAAUUAUCGGCUCCCCUUCCUGUUUAAUUUAAUAUAGUAUUUAUUUCAUUAAAAUAUAUUUUUUUAUUAUAAUUCUUAAGAUAAAUUACAGUUUCACAUUAGUCCAGUUUAUUAUACAGUGUGUUUGGUUUGAAUUUUUUAGAUUAAGGGAUUGUUUGGAAUG